AUGAGUUCGAGUCAAGCCGAACAUAGUCCUACUCAUCCUGCAAAGAGACGCAAGUCUACGCAUAAUUCUGAGACCAUUAAAAGUUUAUUGAUGGACUUCAAACCUUCACAAUUACGCCAAGUUAUUGAAAUAGCAUUGAGCAAUGGGAAUCUUACGAAAUCCAUACGCCAUAUUCAUGCCCAAUUACCUGGAAAGUCAUCGCCCGAAAACCAUUCCGAGCCAUCAACCAUGAAUUCGGCGCCAGUUACAGACGAAAUCAUUGAGAGCAUCGAGAAAUCUCCAUUGCCAAGAAGACAUUUAAACCUCGUGCCAGAAACAAAGGAAACUCGACAACCACCAUCGCAAUCACUUUCAGCGAAAGUUAAGGAAGGUUUAUCUGACAGUGCCACACAGUCUUUCGUUCACAUACCCAAGAACGUUAGCGGCGGCAAUCUGCCUACCCCGAGGAACUUCCAGGAGCCAAAAGAAGUAUAA